UUCGGUGACAGUCAGUUAGACAGUAACCACGCGAGAUAUCGCAUAGCUUAAAAUGUUAUCAAUUUGUGAAUGAAAUAAGAGAAGAAAAAAAAAUUGUGAUAAUAAAUAUUGAAUUGUCUCUACUAUUUGGAAUAUGAGAAUAAUUUUCCAGAUUAGCUUAACAUUGUGAGGUGUUUCGUGUACAUAUUCUUUUCGCGCUUUAUAAGUGUGCCGUUGUAGAGUAAUUUUUUUUUGUUAACGAGUGUGCAUCACAUUUCACCAUAAUAAAAUUUAAAAGAAUUCAUCGGAAUGGAGCUGUUUCGAAGUUUUUCGGAUACAUUUUGGUCGACUAGAGUUUGGUUACCGCCGAAUACAACUUGGGCCGAUAUUGCCCCAGGUUCACGGCCAGACGUACAGCAUGCCGAUUACCGAGAUCUCAUUUGGCCAUUACCAUUGGCACUGGUAUUGAUUGUGUUUCGGUAUUUAUUGGAAACAUAUUGGAUAUCACCAAUUGGAAAAUCCAUGGGCAUAAAAAGCACACGACCUAAACGUGCUACACCAAAUCCAAUAUUAGAAGCGGCGUAUCAUCAAAAUAACAGACUUCGACAUAAAACUACCACAGGAUUAGUUAAACAAACAGAAUUAACAGAGCGACAAGUUGAACGAUGGUGGAGGCGAAGACGAGCGCAGGACAAGCCGUCAACACUGGUGAAGUUUUGCGAAAAUGUGUGGAGAUUACUGUACUACACAUACAGUUUUGUGUACGGGGUAAUAGUUUUGUGGGACAAACCGUGGUUCUGGGAUGUGAAAAGUUGCUGGCACGGCUAUCCUCAUCAGUCGGUUGAGACAGAUAUCUGGUGGUACUACAUGAUAUCAAUGGCAUUCUAUUGGGCGCUAACGGUUACUCAGUUCUUUGACAACAAGCGAAAAGAUUUCUGGCAAAUGUUCAUACACCACAUGAUUACGCUGCUAUUGAUGGCCUUAAGUUGGGUCUGUAAUUUACAUCGCGUUGGUUCACUAGUCCUAGUCGUUCACGAUUGUGCUGACAUCCUGUUAGAGGCCGCUAAAAUUACGAAAUACGCAAAAUACCAAAAGGUAUGCGAUUGUCUGUUCGCCGCAUUCACCCUUGUAUGGAUCAUAACUCGAUUGGGUUUCUAUCCACGCAUCAUCUACAGCAGUUCCGUUGAGGCGCCCCAAAUUCUUCCAAUGUUUCCGGCCUACUACAUAUUCAAUAGUCUUCUCAUUCUAAUGCUGUGUUUGCACGUGGUAUGGACAUAUAUCAUAUUGCAGAUUGCACACACGGCACUCAAGUCAGGACAGAUGGAAGGUGAUAUUCGUUCCAGUUCCAGUGAGAUUAGCGACAGUUCAGAGAAUUCACGACCCCUGACAAAUGGAUCGCCAGCAAAGAAAUUUAAUUCUGUGAAUAAUUCACCGACACCCGACCCACGACAAAAAAUCAAAUAAAUUUGGUUUAUUAGAGACUCUCGUGUGUGUGUGUGUGUGUUCAGCUACUAAAUAAAAUUGUAAAAAAAAGAAGAUGAAAAAUAAGAAAAAUGAAAAUACUGCAGCAGUGCCUCACAAAUUUUAAAUUUAAUUCGUAUAAACUAGUAGAAUUAUUAAUAUUUUGGGAAACGGUAACAUUGUGUUGUCAUAUGGAAGUAGAGAGAGAGAGAGAGAGCGAGAGAGUGAAAGGACGAAAGAGAAUAUUACAACAAAAUUUUGAUCGAAUGAUAAGUGAAAUUUGUAAGUAAAAAUUAAAAGAAAUAUUUAAGAAAGAAA